CGACGUAACCCCACCUUGGAAUGACUGAACAGAAACCCUGGUGCUCUCGGCACCUGCAAGCAAGGCAGCCAACAUGAGGCAAGGCGGGCGGGCAGUCAGACCAGAAAAGAGUGUAGUUCUUCCUCAAGUGACAUUCUCCUACCCAUUGCCGUAAACUCUUUUGUGAUACCCAGCCCGUCCCGCCCGCAUCCUGAUUGAAUCCCCCGCCAGACCAGCUCCAUCAGGUUACAUACUGUAAACUUCAUCGACCGCAACCUUUGCGCCAGCCCCGUAUAUAUCUUCACAACAACAUCGACGAAGAAGCCCAUUCUACAAAGGAGGGCAGAUUAUCCUAUCGAAGCAACUGCUUCAUUCAGUCACGACAAACCUCCUCCCGUUCCCGAAAGCGACAUCAUGACCCGAUACAAAAGCACCCCCCUCUACGGCGGCGCUCUGGUCAGCGACUUGCCCGACAAGUUCGCCGACGUCAGCAAACUCCGCGAGGUCCCCGACAACCAAGAAGUCUGGAUCGACUCGGACGGCUUCACAAGCAUAAUCUUUGACAUCACAGAACGCGUCGGCCCCGCCGGCUCCAGCCCCGAAAUCGACGGCCGCGCCCUGACGACGCACCUCGAGGAGCUCGUCGGCGAGGAGGACGUCGACACCGUCAAGGUGUGGAACACCACCGAGACCUCCUUUUCGCGCCUCAGCACCGAUAUCCCAGCCUACACCCUCAUCGCGACGCAGACCCCGCAUGUCUCCAAGUCUUCUUCCUCAAGGUCGUCGUCGGCGCCUGAUUUUACGGCUAUUAUUCUUACGCUUGUAAGGCUUGAGAAGGAGUCGACUGAUAUUUUGGUGACGAUUAAUGUGCCGCAUAUCAAGGGCGAGUAUGAUGAGGCUGAUGUUGAUUUGGAGCUGGGUAAGCAGGGAAAGUUGAUUGGGGAUGCGGUUGAGUAUGCUGCGCGGAUUUGGGAGACGUUCAAGGUCAAGGACUGGACUCUGUUCCAGGAGGUUUGAGAGAGGAGGAGAAGAGGGUUCGAUAAAAGGCAAGGGAAGAAGGAAGGGUCAUCCCCAGAGUGGAAGACGGAUGGAAGUGUUGGGGGAAGAUACACACCCCACGAAAAGCAGUUGACAGGUUUGGGUAUUCCCCUUUCCCCGCCACGGACGUCAACGCGAGGAAGGAGGAUGGUGAAAGUUGACGAUGAUGCGAGAUGAUAGCCACGCCAUCUCCUAGGUUCUUUAGGUUUUACUGGUUGAAUUAUUCUAUGCCGAGAAUUAUGAUAACUAUCAAAAAAUUAAAGUGAAGUUUAUGAUUGUCUAUAUCCAAA